GGAACCCGCCCCUGGCCUCCAUUUCUAACGUGCGGCCGCUCUUCACGCGUUCAGUCCUCGCUUUUACGGUCCUUUUAUACUCGCUAAACUCAAUAAAACGGUGAACUAGGUAAGGCUGCGGACCCGCAGCGCUACGUACCGGUAAACACCGACACGACCGGUUUCAUCUACCGUGGAAUUCAGUUUGGACCGUGAAGCUGCCCUUUACUCCUCUUUUUAACUUUCCGAGCGGCGUUUUCCGCCAUUUGUCUCCGCGCUCCGCCUGCUCCUCUCGUGUGAGCCGGGGCCCGCGAGCCGCUCCUCUCUGAGCCGGGGCCCGAGAGCCGCUCAUCUCCUCUGAGCCGCUCCUCUCGGUGUGAGCCGCUCCUCUGAGCCGCUCUUCUCGGUGUGAGCCGGGGCCUGUGAGCACCGCGGCACAGCGCGAUGGCGGAGUUCGGCAACGGGUUGGCGGAGGAGUCCAUGCUGGACUCGGACCCCAGCCACCCGGAGCUCGAAGACCCGGGGGUCGGGGAUGAGGAGCCGGGGCUGGACGAGGGAGAGUCCGCCAUCGAGGACCCGGAGCUGGAGGCCAUCAAAGCCCGGGUGAGAGAGAUGGAGGAGGAAGCGGAGAAGCUGAAGGAGCUGCAGAACGAGGUGGAGAAACAGAUGAACCUCAGCCCCCCUCCCGCCGGUCCCGUCAUCAUGUCCAUCGAGGAGAAGAUGGAAGCGGACGGCAGGUCGAUCUACGUUGGAAAUGUGGACUACGGGGCCACGGCGGAGGAGCUCGAGGCCCACUUCCACGGGUGUGGGUCCGUCAACAGAGUCACCAUCCUGUGUGACAAGUUCACAGGACAUCCUAAAGGGUUCGCCUAUAUCGAGUUUGCAGACAAGGAGUCGGUGCGGACGGCCAUGGCCCUGGACGAGUCGCUGUUCAGAGGACGGCAGAUAAAAGUGGGCGCCAAGAGGACCAACAGACCAGGGAUCAGCACGACAGACCGCGGUUUCCCCCGCGCCCGCUUCCGCUCACGAGGAGGAAGCUUCUCGUCAUCACGGGCGCGCUACUACAGCGGCUACACACCCCCCCGGGGCCGGGGGCGGGCCUUCAGGUUUCAGGACCAGUGGCGGCUGUCUUCCCCUCCCCAGGUGGCGCAGCCCCCCCCCACUGUCUCCGCAGCGUCCCUCUCUCUCUCUGCUCCCGCUAUGCACACUCACCCCAUCCUGUCCGUGUGGGGGGGCGGGGGGCCGGGCGACCACAGGCCCAGCGCGGGGGGCAUUUACUACAACAGUAAACGCUGACGCGAGCGUCGAGUGUUGUUUUUUUUUACCCUGCACACACACUCACCCCGCGCGCACACAAGAGGCAAACGCACCACACAUAGGGCAGGCGUGCACCACACGAGACUCUACACACCUCACACCACGCCCUCACGGGGAGGGGGCCACGCCCAUCGGGGGGGGCGAGCGGGUGCGAGCAGGAGCGAGACCAGAGAUUGGGGCGUUUUUCUUAAUUUGGUUUGUUGGCGUGGAUGUAGGAUUUAGGGAGCCACCUUUCUCUGACAAUGCGCAGUGCAGCCACGGCCUGUCUGGGGAAGGCAGAGUGAGUUAAUUUAAUAAGGGGCGGAGCUUGUUUCGGCAGGGCGGGGCUAAAUGUGGAGCGGUUAUGGGAGCCGUUUUUGACAAAAGGAGUGGGUUUGAAAAAAGUUUUGCUUUUUUUUUUUUUUAACCCAUGAGACUGUAAUUAGAAAAAAAAAUAAAAUAAAGACAUUGUGUAAAAAUAA